GGAAGUGCCACCGAAUUGCACCAAAUUCAGUUUUUCUUCUCCUGAAGUUCCAGAUUACAGUACUCUUCUCCUUAAUCGAUCCAAGCUUGCUGCUGUUGGUGAUUGCCUUAGUAAUCUGACAUGUCAAGGAGGAAAAGGGCUCGACUUUGUGAUCUUCGCGUGGAAGUGUUCAACGCUGGUGAUUUUAUGAGUAGAUUACCGGAUGAAAUUCUUAUUUCUGUACUGUCUUGCCUGCCGUUGAAAGAGGCUGUUGCCACUGCCAUCUUUUCAAGGCGGUGGAGGAACCUGUGGAAGUCCAUUGCUGGAUUAGAGUUUAACAGUGAAACUAUAUUGGGUGGAAGAGACAUAUUUUCAAAGUCCCUGAACACAGAAAGAAUCAAGUACGUUAAUUGGGUGAAUCGAGUUAUUAGGCAGCAUAAUGGCCUUGUUAUCGAUUCAUUCAAGAUUAGCUUUGAUCUGGACAAGGGUUCCAAAUCCGCCAUUGAUAACUGGGUAAAAGUUGCUCUUUCAAAGAAUGUAAAGAGGCUCGAGCUGGAUUUGUUAGAGUAUGAAGACAGUAUUCGGGAUACCAUGCGUAACUAUACAUUCCCGUCUAAGCUUUUCAUUAGUAGGCAGUCCAAUAUGGCUGCUUUUACCGGCUUGAGGUUUCUAACAGUCCUUUCUCUGAGGUGCGUUAACGUGAGCGAUCAAGUGCUGGAGUCUUUCCUUCUACACUGUCCGCUUCUUGAGGUUUUGUCAGUGCAUGGCUCGGGGGGCUUGGUAAAUGUGAAGGUCGUUGGUCUGGCUCUCAAGCUGAACUCCUUGGAGAUUGUCUUCUGCUUGGGCUUAAAAACUAUAGAGCUCCAAGACACAACUCUUUCGUCGUUGAGUUAUUUGGGUCCUGCCGUUACUUUUAUCUUCAAAAAUGUCCCAAAACUCGAAGAGGUCUCGGUAGGGAUGGGUCGUUCUGGGUUAGAGAACAAUGUCUUUGGACAGCUUGCCUGCUGCUUUAAUCAGCUGGAGAUUCUAACUUUAGUUAUCUAUCGUCCACAGGCAAUUGUGAAUUUCUCAAAUAUUCCCGAACUGCCCAAACUCAAGGAGUUAGUGCUGAAAAUUGGAGCAUUUGAUGAUGAAUCUCUUCUUCAGUUCACAUCAUUGCUGCAACACUCUCCUCAUUUGGAAAGAUUUGUGCUCCAGUUGAUAUGGCUGUGUCCAACGAAGACCAGGAGAAGGAUGCUCAAGGGCGAGGCGUUUCGUCAUGAGUCGCUCAAGGUUGUGGAGAUUUGCGGGUAUUUUGGGCGCCCUAGCGAUGCUGAAAUCGCGAUGUACUUCAUCCAGAAUGCUCCUGCUCUCCAGAAAUUGGUGAUCGAUCCCCGCAACCAGAUCCUGAAGCACUCUUCUCGGCCCGUGGAGGUUGAGGAAACUGCUAGAAGAUAUGCCCACCAACAGCUUACGUUAAGGGUUCCACAAGGUGUGGAAUUAGUAAUUUACUGACCAAAUUUGUGGGUUUUUUUUAUAGCUUUAUUUGUUGGUGUUAGUCUACAGACAGGUGGUUUUGUUAAUUGGUAUAGGUUGUUUGUUUAAGGUCUGGUUUACCUUGUACAGAGGCACAUAAAGACAGACAGACAUAGAUACAUUAACUUCCAAUGAGACAUUAUUUGCAACAUUAUUUACAUUGCAGGCAGACAGAUAGACAUUAGAUUCUAAAAUUGUUUAAUAAUA